GGGGAAAAGAUAACCCAAGAGGCAAGACCUCUAUGAAUUGGUUUGGAAAUUACUUCUCUAGAUUUCCGGAGGAUGUUUCUUUACUUGAUAUGCACUCACCUCUGUUGCUUUCACUCAUAUCUGAAGAUGAGCAGCAUUUCCUUUCCAACAGGAGGAACCACACAGCAUCCCAGGCUGUGGUAAAGCAGCCUGUCCAAGGAGCCAACGGCAGGUCCACCAUCACUGCUGUCAUCCAGACUGGUGGGGACUGGAGCACCGGCCUCUUCAGUGUCUGCAGAGACAAGAGAAUCUGUUUCUGUGGUCUGUUUUGUCCCCUGUGCCUGGAGUGUGACAUUGCUAGGCAUUAUGGAGAGUGUUUUUGCUGGCCAAUGCUACCUGGCUCCACUUUUGCACUGAGAAUUGGUACCAGAGAGAGACAUAAAAUAAGGGGUACACUGUGUGAGGACUGGCUGGCGGUGCACUGUUGUUGGCCUUUCUCCAUCUGCCAGAUGGCCCGGGAAUUUAAGAUGAGGAGCUCGCGCCUCUAUGAGAUCUACACAGACCCUCCAAGCACGGACACCCUCAUUUGACAGAGCCAGAGAACUCCCCCUCUGCACUGCCGACAUCUCUUCUCUAACCCCUUCCAGUAUAAAGAUGGUUCUUCUUAACUUUUUUUUGCUGUAAUAAAAAUAAAUAUUCUCCCUACUG